AUGCAGAGUAGGCGGCGCAGCUUCGCCGACCGCUUCGGUCCGGCCGGAAUCGGGGCGGCUCAGCCUGAGUACCGGAAAUUCGGCCGCGGCGGCGGUCCCCGGCGUAGAGGCCCGCGCAAUUCUCCGCCUCCGCCGACGCAUCUGCCUCCGCCGCCGCCGCCGCCGCCGCCGCCGCGCCGCCGUACCGACGUGCUGAGGGAGGCGGGGAGACUCGCAGCGGAGUACCUCGCGGCCAAGGGGCUGCUUCCUGCUAAUCCUGUUCCCUCAUCCGCAGCGGGGGUGGAGAGGUUGUGGCCGAACGGAGGAGACGACGAGGUGGACAGGGCCUCGGCGUUCUCCCGCCUCGGCCGGCGGAGACUCGACGGCGACGACGGCGGGUUCCGAACCAAAAAGAGAGUUCGGCGGCGGCGACAUCGGAGCGAGUCUUACCGUCGGCCUGGCCCGGAGUGGGGAAGGGAGGAUGCUGGCGGCCCCCCAUGGGCCGACAGGGCCAGAGAUUAUUCGGAUGCCAUGGAUGCUGAGGAUUUGGAGAGGUCUUGGCGGUGGUCAGGGAGCGAGUGGAGAUUCCUUGACCCCGUGGAAGAGGGGGAGUCGGAUCGACGAAGUCUAUCCGAGGAAAGUGAUCGCGGCAAUGGCAGCUCUGCUACCAGGAAACCACCCCUGAAAUCUGCCGCGGAUUAUGAUCAGCACCCGCCGUCCAAGGACGAAUUAACCGGUGAAUCAGACUCAGACGAGAGAAAUCACAACUCUGUCGAUGAAUCUGGGUCAAAGGCCAUGGAAUCCUCCGAAGGGAAGGCGCAUCCCCAUCCCAUUCCCGAAUCUGAAAUGAACUCGAGCAGAGAACCGGAUGAGAUGGAAGAGGCAGAAAAAGAUAAGGGCAACCUCGAGAAUGCUAUCGGUGGCGACACAGUUCGCGAAAAAGGGUUGCAGCCGGAGGAGGAAGACGAGGGUAUAACUGUUCAGAGAUACUCAGGCGAAAAGGAAAUCCAAUUGAAAAGUAGUCGCACUAGUCAGCUUCCUAGCUCUGAGAAGAUGCCCGCUCAGACUCGUUCUUCAGAAGGCAAAAGAAGCACAGAGACCGAACUGAAACCAGACGCGGGGGAAAUGAGGGAGAAUUCUGAUAUUGCUCCCGGCGAAAAGGGAUUGAAGAACGCUGCGGAAGAGGUUCCUACUCUCACCCCUUCGAAUGGUGCAGUUUCAGGGCAAGCUCCGACCUCCAGAGGCCCGACAUUUGAAGCCCCUUCGCUCAGCUCAACAGGUCUGGCGUCUGAAGUUCCCAGAUCUCAGUCUGCACAGCCAGCGGAGCCUGCAGAACAGGGUUCGGCGUCAGGUACAGGGAGAAGCAGCUAUGGCAGGACAUUAUCGUUCCUAGAGAAUUCCUUUCAGCAAACGGGGAAAGAGUCAAUUCAGGAUCCAGCAGGGUUUGACAUUUCCACAAAGUCAACUGAAGCUAGAACAGAUGAAGAUUCAGCUGAGACUGUGCAGAGGGCGGGAAUGAAGCAGCCUCAAGAGUGGUCCCUGCCCUCGAUACCAAAGACUGACGAAUACUUGAAGCGCUUGGACAUACCUGCAGAGAAGUACGCUGUCCCCAAGUUCGAUGAUGAUUUUGAAGAGCAAAACCAUCUGCCACCCAGUUCCUUCAAAAUAUGUGACCUUAACGACAUUGAGGCUCCUGAAAUAACUGUCGAAAAUCGUCUUAUAAAGCAUGAAUCUACUUCUGCUUCUGCAGCUUCCCUUGUAAGAGAAAAUGACUUCAGUGUGGGUUUUGGUCAGAAGUGCGAUGUCUCUGUUUCGUAUGGUCGCCGUUCAAAUGACAGCAAAGCUGGCAGAGUCAUAAUCGAUCUGGAGGAUGAUUCCGUUGAAGAAUGCAGCGCCGCUGAUGCUUCAAAGUCCAAGUAAGAGAUCAGCCACACUUGAUUCCUUCCAUCAUGAACUUUAUCAGCCACGGGGGUUCUCUUGUUUCUGUUCGUACUUCGAUCUGAGCACUCUUCUCUCAUCAUAGUGGCAAUCGUUUUUCUGCAAUGACCAAAAAAAAUAAUCUCGAGUUUCCUUCUGUCUCCUAUUACACAAUAAAGUUCCAGUUGUUGUUACUCUUUUCACAGGAGUGAACCGGUAUGUCCAAAUUUGGAAAAUUUUAUGAAUCAACAAGGGAACCCAGUUGAUCUUCAUGGAAUCCAAAAUGGGUAUGGUCUUGCCAUUUCCGAGUUUCUUGGAAAUGAUAUUCAGGGUUGCCCAACCGCACAAGGGGACAUCAGCAAUCUGGGGCCUUUUCAUGACGCAGAGGUACUAAAGAACAUGUGCCAAGUUUUAGUAACGAUCUUAGAGCACUUCACCGUAGCGUUAUCUUCUAUCUGAACUAAGACAUGGCGCCUGAUUGGCUCUUCAAUGGCUGAGGUUUUUCCGUCUUUUCUAUCAGGGUAUCUCUGGCAAUGAGGAUUCACUCUUUGUGGCUCUCGGAGGUAUUCCAAUAAGUAUGAUUGAUUUCUUUUGCUGCAUUUGGUUUCAGUUAUUUUAUAUUUUCUUGCCCAUUUUGGCGGAAUCCACUCGAAAACUCAUGCAAUGUUUAUCUUUCUUUGAUAAUCUUAAGAGUCUUAAGGAACUAAAGCUGCAGAACUGGCCGUGUGGCUUCGAAAUUUAUCUCUCUUUAUUUUCCUAGGACUUGUUUUGUUUUUUUUUUUUCUAAUUAAUGCAUUUUCACUGGACCUCCUCUUAGAUUUCAUGGACGUUUGGGAUCAGCCUCCUUCAGAGUACGAGAAGUUUUUCUGA